AUGGCCAAUACAAGUCCCACCGAUUAUAAGAAACUCUUCAGACAAGAAUCAGAGAGACGGAAGCAGGCCGAAGAGCGAGAGAAGCAGGCCGAAGAGCGAGAGAAGCAGGCCGCCGAGCGAGAGAAGCAGCAAAGAGAGCGCAAUAGAAGAACGACUCUCGCCGAACUCCUCCGCUUCUGCCAUAACUUACUUUCCCGACCAUUGAAAUUCGAAACCCCGUCUCGCUCGACUACAGGGACUAUACCUCCUCCUACAGGAAAAUACUGCCCUACACGACUAGCGCCAUGGACCGAUUGUUCAGCUCGACAGCAGAGAAUAUACAGCUCCGUGUGCGAAUAUCUCAAGCCGACCGAGGAAGCCCAAGCACGGUUGUUUACACCUUUAGUUGCGCUUGAGGAGGAUGCUCGACGAUUGGGUCUCCGACCAAUUAGCAGUGAGCAAGGCCUUGAGAACUAUGAGCGAACCGCCGUGGAGGAUCAUGUCCGCGAUAUAAUUGCAGAACUAUGCAAAAUUGACGCUGCCCGAGACGAGUUCGGGCUUGGGGAUGGAAUCCGCUUUGACAAUCACACAAACUCGUUUGAUCCACACCGCGCUCGCGAAACAGAAACAGACCAGCCAUCAGACAUACGUCAACCCCGACCUGAUCAGUUCUGUGUCCACCGAGUUGACGGAAGCACCAGUACCCUCCUGACUACGGUCGAGUACAAGCCGCCCCACAAGCUUUCCGUCGAAGCCCUCCGGGUGGGGCUCAGAGAAAUGGAUUUGUGGGAAUACCUGGUCAGAUCAAAUAAGAUUCCGACGGAUCAAGCUGAGAAGCUGAGAUACAACGCAGAGCGGCUCGUGUGCUCCGCACUCGUCCAGGAAUACCAUGUGAUGAUUCAAGAGGGACUCGAGUACUCCUAUGUCACUAAUGGGGUCGCUCGUGUCCUUCUUCGUGUUCCAUACGAUGAUCCUAGCACAUUGUACUACUUCUUUUGUGAUCCGAACGGUGAACAAAGUCUCUCAGAGUCGAAGACCUCCGUCGCCAGGAUUCUGUGUCUGUGUUUGAUGGCGUUCCAUUCUCCUGUUCGGGGCCAUGAAUGGAGAAAUUCUGCACGGUCACAACUUCCUUUAUGGUCAACCAGCUUCGACCACGCUCGUUCUCAGAUACCUGAGGCAAUUUUACAGCGGAUCGCUCUGCACUCCGACAGUACCAACUCGGAAUAUGUGAGUCCAGAGCCGAGCUCAGAUUACGAACCAUCAUCGCCUCCGCUAGAAUCUCCAACAGUGGGUCGCCGAGUACCGACGAGGUCUCAAACCAGUUGUGCGCCUUCGGAUUCCCGACACCGGUUGCAGUCUCCAGGAUCAUCAGAGUCUGAUUCGAAUCCUGCGACCGGGCGCAAACGGGGCUUCAGUCAUGUCGCAUCUUCCCCUCCCGUCCAACGAGCGGCUCGUCAAAGCGAAACCAGACCAGAUCAAGGCAUCAAUUCUUCACGCGCAGAUUCACAAUUCUGCACCCAGCGAUGUUUAUCAGGGCUACAGAUGGGAGAUGUACUAGACAACUGUUGCCCAAACGUCGAGCUACAUCGCCGUGGUCGAGAUUCCAUGCGACACGCCAUCACCUCGGCGGAUUUGAUGAUGUUACUUAAAGCAGAGCUGGACGAAAACAUUGACCGAUGUGUCCCUUUUGGAAUCCGCGGAGCAUACGGUGCGCCGUUUAAACUUACUUGUGCUAAAUACGGCUAUGUUGUCCUAGGAAAAGGGACCACGUCGGGCCUGUGGGAAGAAGUCUCCCGCGAAGCACAGGUAUAUCAAAUUCUGCGGACGGCUCAAGCAGCUGCUGUGCCUGUUUUUCUGGGUACAAUUGACUUGGCAAAAAUUUAUUUUCUUCACGGGGCCGGAGAUAUACGUCACAUGCUCAUUAUGGGUUGGGGAGGGGAAAGCACCGCAACCAUGGAGCUGACAUCGGAGCUUCUCGACCAAAUUCACAAAUCGAUUAAGGAAAUCAAAGCCUUGGGAAUCGUCCACGAAGACCUCCGAUAUGAUAACGUCCUUUGGAACCCCGAGCUUGGGAGGGCAUUAAUCAUCGACUUUCACCGAUGUAAAUUGAGAAAGAGGUCAGGACUAAAGCGAGCGCGAGCAAAGCAAUUGCGAGUCACUUCAGGACGAGUAACGUCAGGAGAUACAAAGCGGCGACGUGUUCUAUGA